AAGUGUUACAGUUUCACGUUUUUGUUCUGUACUGAAAAUACAAGCAACACAACAACACCCCCAAAGUAACCCAACCAAUAUUUAUUUUUCUCUUUUAUUUUCUAUCGAUUUGUUCGCCGGAAAAAACAAAUCGUUGAUCAGUAGCAUCAAUUUUCCGGAAUAAAGCAGUGUGAAGAUGAAGAGAUUUAGUAUUUGCCAAAUGUUGAAUAACUAAAGGAAUAAAGUGGUGUGAAGAUGAAGAGAUCUGGAACAAAAAAUGAUUGGAAGAUUAUAAUAUAGUUGAUUGGAUGAUAGUAAUAAUGAGCUUUUUUUUAGUGAUUUUGUGAUUGAACUUUUGUAUUAAGGUGUGAAGAUGGAGGAUAGUGUGAUUAGUGUGAGAUCAGGUGGUGGUGUACUGAAGAAAAGAAGCUCUUCUGGUUGUUUAAUUAUCAAAAGGAAAGAUGAUAGAAUUGGCAUUGGAGGGAUCGGUUCUUCGAAGAGGCCAAAGUUUGUAAUGAAUGAUUACGAGUCGAGUGAUGAGAUAUCGGAGUCAAUUCGGAGAAAAACUGGUCAAGGUUUUACUAAUGGUUCUGUUGUUUAUGGAAGAAGUAGCGUUAGAGAUGGAGAAUUUGGUAGGAAUAUGAAUUUGUCUGAUUUUAACAAGUAUGAAGAAUGUGAUUUGAAAAUGCAAUUGAAUGGGUAUAGUGAUGAGAUAUCAGAGUCAAUUCAGCGAAAAAAUGGUCAAACUUUUAGUAAUGGUUCUGUUGUUUAUGGGAAAAGUGGUGUUAGAGAUGGAGAAUUUGGUAGAAAUGUAAAUUUGUCUGAAGUUAACAAGUAUCAACAAUGUGAUAUGAAAAUCCAUUUGAAUGGGUAUAGUGAUGACAGAUUGAACAUGGUUGAAAGAAGAGGGAGUUGUAGAGAGUUUGGGAGUGGGUCUAGGAGUGUAGUGGCUGAGAAGAGGAAGCUUUCGUAUGUGGAUAGUUCAAGUAGUUUAUCGGGUAGUAGGACAAAGGGCGAUGACAAUGGCUUUAAUAGAAGGUAUGAUUUGCUAGAGGAUAAAGUGCAUAUGCCCAUUUCAUUGCAUAGAGAAGUCUGUGAUGAACCAAUCAGAUUGCAAGGGAAAAAUGGGGUAUUGAAGGUUAUGGUGAAUAAGAAGAAGAAGAUAGACUUAAUGCCCAAGGAAUAUGAUCCUGUGGAAAUUGAAAGUAGAAAAGGUUCUUUGUCUGCAGAUGUUCUCAAGAGGAAUUUACUUGUCCGUCCGUCCUUUUGCUCGGGUUCUAAACAGCCUGAAAAGCUACCUUUGUCUAUUAAAACAGAGAGAAAUGAGCUGAAACCACAAAAACCUUUGUUGGGUAAAAGCACCCAUUUAGUGUCCUCUGAAAAAGAUGAGGCUGAUACAUUACUUAAGUUGGCACCACCUAGUGUGCAGCCUGCUAGCUCAGCAACGCGGGUGCCAAAGGAAGAAAGCAGGCCCUUGGCUUCUGAAUAUGUUACCCCCGCUAAAAGAAAAGACGGAAAAGUGAAUCGAGGUGGAAGCACUGAGAAGCAGCAGUUGCGAGAACGAAUAAGGGGAAUGCUCAUUGAAGCUGGAUGGACCAUCGAUUAUAGACCAAGAAAGAAUAGAGACUAUUUGGACGCUGUGUACAUUAAUCCUAGCGGAACAGCCUAUUGGUCAAUAAUUAAGGCCUACGAAGCAUUUCAAAAACGAUCAGAGGUAGAUUCAGGUAAAAGUAAACCUGAUGGAAGCUCUUGUUCAUUUGAUCCAAUAUCAAAUGAUUUAAUUAAUAAACUUACCAGGCAAACACGGAAAAAAAUGGAGAAAGAAAUGAGACAGAAGAGAAAAGAUGAUGGCAAGAGAAAAGAUCCUAAAAAGACUUCUGUGAGAGAGUCUGUGUUGGGCACAGACAGUGAUCAGCAAGAGAAGAGACUCGGUAGCUAUAUGAAGAAGAAAGAUAAGCUGCUGCAAGGGAAAUUACAUGCGACAGACGAGGAGAGUGGGGAUAAUUCAAGUGAUAACUCAUUGAAGGUAAGGAGAUUUAAACAGGAUAUGGUUGGAAAAUCAUCUGUUGGAGUUGCUUCUAAUUCAAUACAUGGAAGAAAAAGUAAAUUAAUUGGGCGAUGUACAUUGCUGGUCCGUCAUUCUGACAAAGGGGAAAAUUCAGAUAUUGAUGGAUAUGUUCCAUAUACUGGAAAAAGAACCUUAUUGUCCUGGUUGAUUGACAACGGAACAUUGACGUUGAGACAGAAGAUUCAGUAUGUGAACCGCAGAAGGACAAGAGUAAAACUAGAAGGUUUGAUCACACAAGAUGGUAUCCACUGUGAUUGCUGUAGUAAAAUCCUUCCAGUUUCAAAAUUUGAGCUCCAUGCAGGAAGUAAACGGCAUCAACCAUUUCAAAACAUAGUUUUAGAGUCUGGAGCCUCCUUACUAGAAUGCUUGGUUGACGCAUGGAAUAAGCAAAAAGAAUCUGAUCGCCGGGAUUUCUACAAUUUAGACAUUGAUGGUGAUGAUCUUGAAGAUGAUGCUUGUGGUAUUUGUGGUGAUGGUGGGGACCUUAUCUGUUGUGAUGGUUGCCCAUCUACUUUUCAUCAGAGCUGUCUGGGCAUACAAAUGCUUCCUCCUGGCCUUUGGCAUUGUCCAAAUUGCACUUGCAAAUUUUGUGGGGCUGCUAGUAGAAACCCUGCUGAGGAUAGUGAGAGAACUGCCAACGAAUUUCUUGCUUGCAGCCUCUGUGAUAAAAAAUAUCACAAAUCAUGCAGCUUGGAGAUGAAUGGUUUAUCUGCUAUUUCUGAUAAUCCAUCUGCUACAUUUUGUGGGCAUAAAUGUCAGGAGCUGUAUGACCAUUUACAGAAUAUUCUUGGUGUUAAGCAUGAACUUGAAGAAGGAUUUUCAUGGUCCCUGAUUCAACGAACAGAUUUGGACUCAGAUAUUUCUCGUCGCCCUUUUCCUCAAAAGGUGGAGUGUAAUUCUAAGCUAGCUGUUACACUGGCUGUUAUGGAUGAAUGUUUUGUACCCAUUGUCGACAGGAGAAGUGGGAUAAAUAUUAUCCACAAUGUUCUCUACAACACUGGCUCAAAUUUUAGUCGGCUGAACUUUCGUGGCUUCUUCACUGCAAUCUUGGAAAGAGGUGAUGACAUAAUAUCUGCUGCAUCUAUAAGGAUCCGUGGAACUCAACUUGCAGAAAUGCCGUUCAUUGGGACCCGGAAUAUAUAUAGGCGGCAAGGGAUGUGUCGUCGACUGUUUUCUGCUAUUGAGACGGUCCUCUCCAAUUUAAAAGUUGAGAAGUUAAUCGUUCCUGCUAUGUCUGAGCAUCUGCAUAUCUGGACCAAGGUUUUUGGAUUUGAUGAACUUGAGGAAUCAAACAAGCAAGAAAUGAAAUCUAUCAAUAUGUUAGUAUUUCCUGGGACAGACCUGUUGCAAAAGAAGAUACUGAAGAAAGAUAUGCAAGAGGCUUGUGAGUUACAACAUAAUCAUUCUCCGUCACCUGCUUUGGUUGAAAAAGCUGAUCAGGAAUCAUCUAUCAGGCGUGACGGACAUCUGCAUGAUGGCGUAUGUGUGAACAUAGUAGAAAAAUCUGAUGACAGGUUUGGUGUCAUGGAUUCUGGCUCUCCAGCUUCUGCCGUUCACUUAAGUGAGAGCACUGUGGUUAGAGCACAAGGUGGUCGUUGCGAGUCAGAUAUCCAGAUCUCCAGUAAGGAGGUAGAGAAGAAUUUUGCUGAAUCAGCCACAAAGUGGAUGCUCUCUCCUCCAUCUGGGGCAAGUAAUGGCAGUUCUGAUACUGAAGAUGCAGCGCUACAUCCUGCAAAAAUUGAUGUCAACUCUGGUGUAGAGCCUAUCAAUCAAGAAGCUUAGAAAGAAUAUGACCAACCACCUUGUUAAUAAUCUGGUCUUGAUUCAUUAGCUGAAGAUACAUCCGGGAACACAUUGGCAGAAAAACAGAUUGAAGAUGCUUCUGAUAGUUCUGCCACUAAUAACAGAGAAAUAUAUUUGUGUGACUUUUGUAGAUAGCUGUUUUCUAGACCCCGCUGUCCAAAGUGCUAGUGAAGAAGUCAGCAGCAAUAGAUAUGGUCUGGCAUCUACCUUGACUCCCUGUGGAAUUGGCAAAGCUUUACAGUCUUACUCAGUGUUGAAUCAAUCUAGUAGAUCAGAUGGGGGAAAUGAGCUACAUGUGGCUCCAAAAAAAGCUUCCGAUUCUAAAUGUGUUAGGGGUGCAAAUUUCCUACGAAUGACGGCAAUUUGGAUUCCUCUGCAGUUUAUGAUGGAGGCAUUAGUGCUGAAGUUUCUUUCUAUGAAGCUGGAAUUGAUUCAUCAAAUGGAACUUUUUUGCAUAAUACUGCUUUAGAGAAUAAUUCAAAUUAUCAUCUUGGCUCUUCUGGAUCUCGAGUGUGUGACUCUGGCUUUAACACUUAUGAUAACGGUUCUGAAGCAAAAAGUUUCUCUUGUCAAGAGGACUGUUCAGUCUUCUGAUCUUGGUCAGGCGAAAAUCAUUGAAGUGAAUGUGAUAAGACGCUUGUAUUUUCCGUGUUCUGCUGAUGUUUCCGCACGAUAUGUGCUGAAGAAAAAACUUGAGAACUAUGAUCCUGUUAGUGUUCUAGUCAUACUGGCCAUGCUGUGUAAACAUUACCUGAAUCAGCUGCCAACUUGAGGUAUGACGUUUCUCCAGUCAAAACUAUAGUCAACUAGUCAGGCAUCGUUGAUGUUUGGAGCUAUUUGGGUCGGUUUUUCUUAACUGAUUCUUGAUGUUUCCUUCAAAGCUUCGGCUCAACUGUGCAACAGGCAGUUUGUAGGCGGGUGGGAAAAGAACUACCCAGCAAGGCUAUUGGAUAAAAUGGUCUAAAUUAUGCUAUCUCCUUCUGAUCUAGGUGGAAGUUGAAAUGAAGUUGGAAGCUAUGGUAGCUUCUUGUUUGGUGUGCACUGAGCAAGAUCCUCUACCAUUUUGAGGACGUGUGCGAUAAAUGCGUUUAUAUGAGCUGGGGAAAGCAGCAUCAGCGUAUCUACCACCAGUGUGGUGUAUGUGAUGGCUUGACUAGAAAUGAGUGCAUUUGUUUUGUUGGAAUAUAAUAGCGCCAAUAGUUUUUACCUUGCAGUCUAGAUGGUUGAUUACUUAUACAACAGUAGAAGAUGUGCAUUAUACUUGAUGGCUUGGGCGAAAUUUUUUGAGAAUUCUGCUGACUUUAUCGGUAAAUGAUAUUCGUCUAGAUUCUGAAUGUACAUAUUGUAGAUCCAAAAUUCAUUUUUCAAGGUCCUUGAAAUCAGUGAAAUUCAUCAUUUGAGCGGCUAA